AUGGCCGGGGGGGGGGGGGGCGGCCCGGCGGGGCCGCUUUCGGCGGGCGGCGGAGGCACGGUCGCAGCGCUCCGCGGGCCGGGGGCAGCGAGCGGGGGCGGGCGAACGCCGUCGGAACGGGAACCCGGCUGCGCCCCCCCCGAGCCCGCGCACGCGCCUCUCCAGGCGGCGGAAGCGACGGCGGGCCGGAAAAUCCCGGCGGGGCGGCGGCGCUGCCCGCCCUUUCUGCCGCCAGCUUUGCAAGGCCCAAGGCGCGCGGCGCCCCCGGCUGGGGUGGGCGGCAGUGCUGCCGCCUUGUGGGCAGAGCGCGGUACUGCAGCCAGGCGCCGCCGCCAGGCAGCCCUCUUGGGCGUGGCGCGUGGCGGAGUUUGUUUGACCUUCUCAAAAGGGCGGAAGAACGGAGGGCCCCGGCGGUGUGUCUAUGCGGACUGCCUGCACGGAACACCGAUGGCGGCGCGGCCCCGACGACCUUUUCUGUGGCGUUUCAAUUUCGAUGAUGGCAUUCCGGUUCGCCUGCAGGGUUCGGCGUCGCGGGAAAUCGUUUCUAGGGCUCGAGGGGCGCUGGGGGCGGGGCCGGGGCGGGGCGCCGUGUCGACGAGGGUGACGUCAUUCGGCGGCACUCUGCCUGCAGUUCGCCCAUGCACACGGCAGGGGGUGCUGUGCCCGCAGUGCGCCCAUGCAGACGGCAAAGGGCGCUGUGCCUGCAGUGCGCCCAUGAAGACGGCAGGGGGCGCUGUGGACGCUGCCUCUCUGCGCUCUCACCUGGUGCACCUGGGGAACCUCCCAGCCCAGGGCUACCGGGAGCUGGAGCUGGUGUGCGCGGGGCUGCGCUUCGGCAAGGUGGAGCACUACGCCGUGCUCAGCAACCGCCGCCGGGCCAUCCUGCACCUGGACAGCCCCAAAUCCGCGCGCUCCAUGCACAGCUUCCUGCAGCAGUACCCUUAUUCCAUAGGAGAGCACACACUCACCUGCUCCUUGUCCUCCCACGGAGACAUUCCUGAGGCAGAAACCGGGAAAAAGGAAGUGAAGAGAGAGGACGGGAGCAAAGGAAGCUCUGGCUUGAAAAAAAUUCCAGAGGGAUCAGGAACAGUGCAAAAACCAGCUGGGAAUCCAUCAGGAGAGGCCAGGAAAGGCCAAAUUCCCACCCCAAAUGUCCCGGAGGAGAUUCCAGCGGGACAACUGGAGAUCCCUGAGUCGCAGGCAGGAGGAGCAGCAGUGAGGGAAUCUCCUGCAGGGAUGGAUGUGGAGGGGUCGGAUCCUGGAAUUCCUGUGGAUCCUGCUGGCAGCAAAUCGCCCGGAGCGAGGUCGGAGGAGAAACCGGCGCCGCUUCCCGGAGCGGGGACGGACAAAUCUCAGGAUGAGCCGGAGCUGGAAAUCCACAAGGAGGAUGAGGAACCCUCUGCUCCCGCCUCGGAGCCUCUGGAAUCAUCCAGCAAGGCCAUCCCAGCAGCUGGAGGAACGCCAGGAGCCGUCCCUGGAAUGUCCCCGAGCUCGGAGGAGGCUCCCGCGGUGUCGCCCGGUGUCACCCAGCCCAGCACGGAGCCGCCUGCUCCGGAAAAAACUCCCGUUCCCGAGGCUGGGAAAAGCAGCCAGGAAACGUCCACGGAGAGGAAAGCUGUCCCAAAAACUCCGGAUGCUCCAGGGAAAAAACUGGAUGUGGCUGGAGCAGAGAGAGAGGCGACAGCGGAGGAAUCCGUGCUCAAAAUCGGGGAAAAUCCGGGGAAGAGUGGGGGCAAGGCUGGGACAGAGCUGGAGAAAACACCUGGAAAAACAUCAUCCAAGGGUGGGGAGAACUCUGGGAAUGCUGUUGGUGAGAUGCACGGGGGAAGUUCGGUUAAAAUCCCGCAAAGUAAAGGGAUGGGAGCCGCAAAAUCUGAGGAAAACCGCGCGGCAGCUCCGGUAAAUCCCACUGUGUCCCUGAAGGAAUCUUGCAUUGGGAAAACGCUUUUGAAGGCAGUGGUGUCUGUCCCGGACAUCCUGAAGCAGAAAAUUCCCAUCAGGAUCACCGAGCCUUCCCUGGGAAGAGCUGGAGAGCAGAAAAUCCCCCCCAAAGCGGGGCUGGAGAAGAAAAUCCCACCCAAAACCGCGGCUCAGCCAGGAGCUGGGAACAGCCAGUGGAAAGGGAAUGGAAAUUCCGGAGUGGACGCACAGGGAGACGGUGGGAAGAGCUCAUCCCAGCAGGAAAAGGAUUCCCAGCUGGAAUCUCGGGCAAGUUCAAAGCAGAGCCAGCCGGGAGAGAGCGGAACAUCUGGCACGAAGGAAAAUCCUGGUGGGAAUCAGGCUCCUGGUGGGGGCGGUGCUGCAGCUUGGAAAAGCGGCACUGGCAGCACUGGGAAACAGAAGGAGGAGGAAGAGCUCUUCCCGUUUAACCUGGACGAGUUCGUCACGGUGGACGAGGUGCUGGAGGAAGCCGAGUCUCCGGUGAUGCCGCGGCGGAACCCCCCGAGGGGGAAGAGAAAAGAAGCCCCCAAAGCCAACCCUUCGGAGCCGGCGCCCAAGAAGAGGAAAGGGAAGAGUUGCGGAGCCGAAGUCGACGAAGUCGGCGAUGAGGAAGAAGAAAACACUUUCCCAGGGAAGAACCCGCCCGAGGAUGAAGAUGACGAAGAUAUUGUUGCUGUUGCAGGACCAGAAGAAAUGGGAAUUCUAGGAGAUACAAAUCCAGAGGAUGAAAUGGCUGAAAUCUCCAAGCCAAAAGCUCAGCUGGGAUCAGAAGAUGCAGAACCAAAGUCUCAGCCGAAGAAAACGACUUUUCCAGGUGUCCCCAAGACGCAGAGCACUCCCAAAGCUCUGGACAUCCUGGUCCCAAAGGCCGGAUUCUUCUGCCAGAUUUGCUCCCUCUUCUACGCCGACGAACCCUCCAUGAUCAACCACUGCAGGACCCCCCUGCACCGGCAGAACAUGGAGAAAUUCAUGGCCAAGCAGCAGGAAAGCGGCGGGGAGGAGCCGAGCUCCAGGUGAUGGAGCUUCCCAGGAACCACACUUCGGGGCCAGUCAGUUCUGUGUGUUCGGAUUUCCUUUGUCAUUCGAGGGCGGGAAGGAGCAUCCACGGUGUAAAAAAUCGGAGCUGGGAACAGACCAAACCCAAAGCAGCAGGAGAGGGUUGGAAUUGUGUCUCCGAUCAUCCGACGUGGGAGAGACUGUUCCAGGUGUCUCCAGGAAAUAAAUGUUCUUACUGUAUAGUUA